GAAGCCAUGGAGAUCAUGCUUUUGGCAGUCAUUUCCCCAGUCAUUCAUUGUGAAUGGCGCCUGGAAGAAUGGCAGGUUGCCAUGGUUACAACUAUGGUGUUUCUAGGCUUCAUGUCGUGCAGUUGGGUUUGGGGUUACCUGGCUGACAGGUAUGGCCGUUGGAAGAUUCUUCUACUGGUCACUGUCUGGAGUUCCUAUUACUCAGGCUUGACUUCCUUUGCACACACCUAUGGCUGGUUUGUCUUCCUCCGCUCCAUGGUUGGAUGUGGAGUGGCUGGUCAUUCACAAGGAUUUAUUAUCAUGACUGAAUUCUUGCCCUCCAAAUAUCGAGGUCGUAUUUUGCCUCUGGGACAGCUCUUCUGGCUGUUGGGCUCCACAAUAGAGAUCUUGUUGGCAUACCUAAUUAUCCCUACAUUGGGCUGGCGUUGGCUUGUGCGUAUCUCUACUGUACCAAGUAUCAUUCUGCUGGUGGUAUUUAAGUGUAUUCCAGAAUCAGCCCGAUACAAUGUUUCUGUGGGGAACUCUCAGUUUGCCACCAAGACCCUGGAUUACAUUGCAAGAAUGAAUCGAUCCUGCCUCCCUCAGGGCUCUUUGAUGGAGUCCGAAACACAAAUCAGGGGAAGAAUGUCUGACUUGCUGGGUGCAGAAUUCAGACGCACAACCUUGCAGUCCUGGUUCAUCUGGUUGGGAACAGCAUUUGCAUAUUAUGGACUGGUUCUAACCAGCUCAGAGCUAUUGGAAAACAACCCAGUCUGUGGCAGUGAGGGAGCUAACAAAGGAUCCGAUGUGGUUAAUACUUUGGAAACCUGCCAUUGUAAGAUGUUCGAAUCUGCAGACUACCAGACCAUGGUCAUCAGCACUUUAGGAGAAUUCAUGUUUAUUCCAUUUAGCCCGUUUAUCAUCGAGUCUUUGGGAAGACGUCACAGUCUGGCAGUCACCAUGGCAACCUCUGGGAUUUUCUUCCUUCUCCUCAACAUCUGCAGCAGCAGGGCUGUGUUGACCACUUUACUUUUUGUUCUCCGAGCCCUUGUGUCUGCAAAUUUCACCAUCAUCUAUAUCUACACUGCAGAGGUAUAUCCUACGACUUUCCGUUCCUUAGGAUUAGGCUCUUGUAGUUCAAUGGCUCGUAUUGGGGCAAUGAUCGCACCCUUUGUAGCACAGGUCCUGCUGGGCACGUGGCCUAUAACAGCUCUGUGUCUCUUCAGUGCAGUGUGCAUCAUUUGUUCUAUUUUGGCCUUUACUCUUCCCAUUGAGACUCAGGGACGUGCAAUGCAGGAGAUCAAUCCAUCCACCUCCAGUAUUUAAAAUUCAGUCAUGGAAUUAAUAUUUAACCAAGCAGAGGGAAACUAAUGUGAUAUCAAGAUGUCUGUUGGUCUCCCUGCGUCAUAUGAUAUUAUUUCCAUUCCACUGAGGACCAUAACUUGCUUUCCUCAUCCAUUACUUCUUCUGCAAGUGUAUCUCAUUGUCUCGCAUCCAUCAAACAUCCACCACAUGUGGCCUUUGACUGAGAAAGAAGGUUUAGAAAGGUUGAACUUUGAAGAGAUUUUGUUCUACUGUUUGCACUCAGGAAUAAACUUUGUAGCGCAAAAUGUAAUAUGAAAUAAUACAAUAAAGAAAAAUUGCCAAUUUUUAAAAAAUUUCCACCACAAGUGCACCAGUACUUUCCUGCACUGGCGAUUGAGUAAAGUGAAGCAUCUUUUGAAGCAUUCAAUACCACUUAAAAUAAAAGACUUUCUGUCCCUGCAAGAAGCCUGUUGUGCAUGAUCUGAAGUAGCUUUCCGGUUUUGUCAGCAUCUUGUCCAAUAAAUGGACAAUUAUCCCGAAGCAAGUUGAUUCACCAAACCAUCUCCCUGCGCCUGGACUUUGUUGAAAUUAUGAAAAUAACCUUUGCUUGAUCUGUUGUCAAAAAUAGGAUGAUCAUUAUCAUAGUCUUCAACACAAUGAAUCCAGUGCUGGUCAGCUUGUCAUGUUGUGCAUAUCUGUUCUUGAAUACUUUGUCAUAACCUUUACUGUGCAAACAUAUUCCAUUUUACUGAUAGUGUUAUGCUGCCUUUCAAUUAUCUGUCAUGUUCCUCCUAAGCUCCAGAUACCUUGUCUUACUUGCUCUACUCCUUGAAUCCUUGUUAAGUUGAAUUCCAGAUGUUAUUUCAGUAAUCCUUUCAAUUGACCCGAAAACUGUGCAAACACCUUACUUUCUUGAGUCUGUUGUUCCUCUGAACAAGCUCUUUAACUCAAACAUGGAGUCACAAAUCGCUACUUGCAUUGAUUCAACUCAACUUCUUGAGGCUGCUUUUAGACUUUGUGUCACCUUACAAAGAGACUCAGUUCUUCCCCAGGAGUUCUUCUUAAUAAAAAGGACCUGUACACACCCAAGCUGAGUCAAGUUACCAAAGCAGUAAAUCACUACUUUAGUUAGGCCGUCUGAGGUUUGUACAAUGAUUUUGUAUGCUAAGCUUAAACUGGUACUGUCAGAACUCGACAUAAACGGUGUACAAUAAAGGUAUCAUUGGGCUGAUUCACUCCUGUUGUGGAAUAGCACUCGCAGGGAACACUAACCCAAAUUCACAGGCACCCACACCUUCAUAUUCCAACACCGACAGCAACCAGUCUGAUAAUUAACAGAAAAAGCAGAGCCUAAGAGCCCACAACAUAACUCAUGGGAGCAUCCAUUGAGAAAUCAACCCUUAACUUCAGCAUGCGAGAGUUAAUGGACAAAAGAAAUUUUGAGGUCAACUUAUUUUGCCUUCUACCUCCUGGUAGCCAUGUGACAGAAUGAUAAUGCAGUUGUUCACUAAUUGUGACAUCUACUUCUAUCAAUCAGACUACAGUAGACUUGGACAAACGUGGGGGGAGGGGCGGGGAGGGAUUUCCAGUAGUGCAGGGAUAGUGUCCUUACCUCUGAGCUCGGAGGCCUGAGCUCAAGUCCCACCUGCAUGUCAAAGUGUGUGAUAAUAUCACUGAGCAGAGUUGCUUAGAAAAUAUCUAGAGCUGGACAGGAGGUGAGGAAAAUACCAUUCCUUGUUCUAAACUCACUUGUUCCUCCCAAACAAGAUAUACUUACCACACGGUGAGAGAAUCGUACAGUUGCUGACAAGUAACUGGAAGUUAAAAGUUGCAUCUGCUUUUUCUUUGAAGAACGUUUUGCUAAUUUGAUCAUUUUGAAGGCUAUUUGGAUACUGUUUUGUGAUUAUGUUAUAAUAAACUUUUGAUAU